GCGGAAUGACGUAAUUGUCGUUCUAAGUCCGCCAUCUUUGUACCAUCAGUCAUCUGUCAAGCAUUCUUGGUUUAGUUCGUGAAGGGUGUAUACCAAAAAAAUCAACUCUUAUAGGGUGGUUUUUCUACAAAAACCCACCACGGAAGCAUCCGGGCACUAGGGCCCUCGCGCCCGGUCGCUCAAAUCUUCGGGAAGUCGAGCUGUGGGCGGAUCGGUGCGGGCAUAUACAACGACAAGAAGCCGCUGAUUGCUCCUGCACGAGCUUAGGUGCCGAUUCACCCUCAACUCGCGCCAAUACUCCCGAUAAUGUUGAGAUCGGGCGCGGGGCACCCGGAUGCUGGCCAGUCGGAGGCGUCCACUUCGCGGCAGCGCUCGCCCGAGGAAGAGGCGCAGCGUUUGUACGCGACACUCAAUGAGUACCUGUUGUUGGAGCAUAAGACGCAGCCGAAGCUGUGUUUGCCGGCUGAAUCUGAGAAUGGUGAAGUGACGACGGGAGCUCGUGAUGGCGCGGCGCACGUGCUGCGCUGCCUCAAGGUGUGGUUCGAUCUGCCCGCCGACGUGCUCAUCACUGCCAUCAACUUGUUCGACAGGUUCCUGACAAAGAUGAAGGUGCGUCCGUGCCACGUGCCGUGCAUCACGGUGUCGUGUAUGAACAUCGCGCUCGAGCAGUACGCCGCAGACACUAACACUAAGCGCAGCAUCUCUGUUGACGAGUUGGUAUCAAUCUCACAGUCAGCAUGCACGGCGGGCGACGUGACCCGCAUGUCGCGAGUCAUCGUGGACAAGCUGUCUUUAGUGGGAGGAUGCCGAGCUCACACCGCGCUCGACUGGCUGCGACUGCUGAGGGCUAUGCUCACCUUCCAUGCUGGCACUCUGCCUGUCGUCUGCCAGGAAGAGGAGUUAGUCCAGCUAUUGGAGAUAGUGAGCUGCGACGCGGCCUGCGCCAACGUGCGAACCAGCGAGCUCGCACUAGUGCUGCUGUAUUAUAAACUAGAGCAACAGCUAGCGGAGUGGUCGGUGGCUGCUGCGGACGCGAUCCCCGAACACGCGUACUAUCUCUACGACUUCGCCCGGCAGAUACAGCUGCACUGCCAUAUGUGCGACACAACGCUGGCGGCGGCGCGGUCCCGCGUGCGGCACGUAGCAUCACGUUACGAACGCUGUGAAGCGAGGCGGGAUCAGCGACAACGCCUCGUCUGGAGACUGUCUGAGAGGACGCUCAAGGUACUACGUCCCACGGAUCGUCUGCGGGAAGUGCUACCGACCAUCGAGGAACAACAUCUAGCUGUCGACGCCACGCCCACCAGGAACAGAUCGGGCAGUGAAAGCAGCGAAAACGAAGAGACAUCCGAUUGGCCGCGCAGCCCCGUUCUCCCAGUGUACUGCGACAACUAGCCACCAGCCACCGCCACCGGUACUUACCGCCGGACUUACAAACAGGACGGAACUACCGGAUAUCCAGAGCUAGAGAAUACUGAAAUCCGUCAAACACGCUGUAAGAAUUCUUGCAAGUCUGAAAAGUUCAUGUUUCGAAGAAAAACUUGUUGUGUGUCAAAAUGAACUAAUUCUUAAGUUUAUGGUUAAACGACUUUAAGAAAAAAGGUUCGGAGUGAUCAUGAUUUUGAUAUCAAAGGUUAAAUUUUGAUGCAAAAAGUUUUAGCAAAAGCGUGUCUAAGUUCUGGGUGGAAUUUUGCGAUUUUACAGUAGAUAAUUUGCAAGAAAUCCAAAGGUUUUUUCGAAUUGUUAUUUCGCAAAUUCUCCCUUCUGAAGAAACCUGUUGAAAUUUUGAACGUAUCAAAUCGUGCAUAAAACUAUUGAAUUCCAACUCUAUCUUUGUAUAUUUAGAAAAUACAUUAGAUACUUAAAUCGAUAUUAUUUACAAUAUCGAUAUAAACGCAACGAUUCGAUACGUCAAAGUUUAUCGAUAAGUUCUCUAACUAGCUUCGAGCGGUAUUUCUAAAACUGUUAAUAUUUUCGGAGGGUAGUUCUAAAAGUUAUUGAAAUUGUACCUGGCAGCUUGUAACUAUACAACCUUUUGGAAUAAUUCAAAUAUUAAUUUUUAAUAAAUUUUUUGACAUUUCGAAUUGGUUAUUUUGACAUUAUUUUUUAACUUUUAUUAACUCGAAUUCUGAAAGGUAUUAUAGUUGUUAAAAUAGUUUAUUGUUAGACUUGAUAAAUAAAUCUUUUUGAUGGCAAGUAGAACAUAUCUAGAAAGCUGGGUCCAUGCGGUGGAAAUUUUGAAAAAUUGAAGGCGAGGUCCGUAAUACGGUUGGUACAGAAAACUCCGAAUAAUUUAAGCAUUUAAUUCGUUAAGGGUUAAUUUUUCUAGAGAAUUAGUUGAAACUGAACCAAUCUGUUACAUCUCGUCUUCCAUUUAACGAAAAUUUAAAUAAAUAAUAAUUAUUUUACGUUUAAAUUUAAUAAUAUCGAAAAAAAAAUACAAUACUGUGUUAAUUAAUUUAUAUUCAAGAGAAAAGCCGUGGUUCUAAAUUUAAGUAUUUUUCUUUUUUUAUUUACUUUUCAAAAAAGGAAUUAUGUCUCUCGGCGUUUACGCGCGAUCCUAAUUUUGAAGUUGUCAAAAUGUAUGUGAUCCGUUCGUGUUUGUGUGCGUGUGUAGUGAGAGCGGCGGUGCGUUUGUGUGGGUGCCAUGUGAAAGCUACCCGACUUGAAAUAAAGUGGGGAAGAGUAAGAUGUUGAGGUUGCGAUGUGGUACGGUUAUAUUGCUCGAUAAUUUAGAUGCUAGAUCAAUAAAGACAACUUUGCCCGAUGUUUGGACAGUUUUGCCCAAUGUUUGGUCAAUUUUGCCCGAUAUUUGGUCAAUUUUGCCUAAUGUUUGGACAGUUUUGCCCAACGUUUGGUCAAUUUUGCCCGAUAGUCGGACAGGUUUGCCCGAUAUUUUUGACCUAACUAUAUCGCAAUUCUCAAAUGUCGUGACCAAUUUUCUACCGUCGCGUGGUAGCCACGCAAUCGCACCGCAAACGCUCAAAUGUAUGUUAAGAACAUAAGUUAGUGUAAUCCGUUUAAAAAGGACAAAAAAAAAAUAUAAAAAAUGGUGCAAUUUUAAAAUUCAAAAAAAUCCAGUUCAAAAUUUUAAUGGUUAAUAAAAGUAAUAUUUGGAGUAUUAUUCUAUGUGAACAGUUGUUUUUUUUUAAUGAUGAUUUUGCAUUGCGACGGAUAACGUUUCUUUCGUUUUGCGGGGCUGUCGUAAGCUAUACUCUACUAUACUCUAUCCACAGAAGCAAGAGCUAAAAGGUAAACAAAGAAUGACACUUUUUCAAGAUGGCGGUAUAACCCGACCGCUGACAAAACGUCACAUUUUUGUGUCAAAUGUACGCAGUAUCUGUGAUUUUGUCAUCGGUCGGGUUAUACCGCCAUCUUGAAAAAGUGUAAUUCUUUGUUUACCUUUUAGCUCUUGCUUCCGUGGAUAGAGUAUAGUAUUAACUUGUUUACGAUUUAGCCCCAAAAACUUUAAUAUCAGUCCCUCUUAUAGCUUUACUAAUGUUUUUGUUAUUAAUAUAUUUGAAAGGAACGUUCUCCGUCUACCCGAAGCUUUCCUUACUGUGAUUAUUCUUAUUAGAGGAAAAAAAGUUCAAAAAAAAAAAUUCCAUAUUUUUUACUAGCUCUUAAGAUAGCGAGAUCUGGGGUAGGACUGCGGUCUAAGGUUAAAUAUUAAAUAGUAUUAAAUUUAUUUAGGAUAAAAUUGGCGAGCUUUAAUAACGAAUGGGUGAGGUUUUUGUUGGCCCACAGUUGCCCAACAGCUGUGCGACAGUUGCCCAACUGUUGCGCCGCAGUUGCUCCCCAAAUGUCGCUUUCAGUUUCUAAUUGUAAGAAUCGAGUCACAUAAAAGUGAGUGAAUGUAUCUAAAUGAGGAAAAAAAGUGAAAAAAAAAUAUCCACCGAAGUUUUCUUUUGUAAGUACAUCUUAUUAUCUAUAAUUUUAAGUAUUAAAGUUAUUGUAAAAAAAUAAUUUCUAAUUAUAAAUAAUAUAUUUCCAUUCGCGACAAGCUCUUGACAAGAGUUAAAACAAAAAAAAUAUUGGCAUUAUUAUUUCUAUUUUUCAAUUACUUUUUAUUAUUUUCAGUAGUAGUAAUCAAUUUUCUUAAUAUCGUAUUGUAGUUUAUAAACGUAUAAAUGACAAAAAAAAAUACAAAUUUACGAAAAAAAUUGUAAAAAAAAUAUGAUCUCAGUUUGUAGUUUUCUUUGCAAAAAAACGUGGAAUUUUCAGUAAAAAACAGUUCAUUUCAGGAUUGUAUGCGUAUGACAUACUUUCCAUGCGUUUCGAAUCACAAUUUCGUUUAUAAUUUUAUAUUUUUAUAAGUCUCGGAAAAUGUGUCAACGGUGCACUGGUCCAUUUCACCCCGUGGUUAAAGCUAAGUAUAUGUUUUUAAUAUUUUUCUUACGCAUACAAUUCGUUGAAAAUACAUUAAUAUAAUCGCCUUGAAUUUUAGGAAGCAAUGUACAUUUACACUCUGUGAUAACAUCAAAAUGCUAAAAGUAUGUCAUUUGAAACUAGAAAAUUUGAAUAAAUAAUUUUCUUCUAGAUAAAAAAUCUAGAUUAUUCCAUAAUUUUUCAGAUUUUCGAAAUGUACAAGUGACUUACUUUUUUCAAUUUUGAUAAUAAAUGUAUAAAAAAAGAUGUGAUCGAUAAAUUUUUGACAUCUCGAAAAUAAUAUUUUAAGAUCGAGUUUCUUAUAAAAGGUUAUAAGAUCGGAACUUUUUAUAAAUUUAAUUUAGUACUGAAUUUAAAAUGUGUUCGAUGCUAAAUAGAUCAAUUGUACAGUCUAAUAUAAGAUGCCAAGUUUUUUUUUAAUGUAAAAAUAGUAGUUAAAUCUCAACGCACAAUCCUUGUAAAUAUCUU